CUCUCAGGUUCCUCUCUGUUUGUGCUGAAUGUAGCCAUUGUUUCUAGAUCACGAGUCGUGAAUCUAUGUGGAAAAAAAGGAUAUAAAACUGUGUUGUUGUCGAUUAUAUACACAAGAGCAUACUAUGCUGCAGUGCAACUAAAGAGGCAAAAAUAGAAUUAAAAAAGUUGGGUAUAUACAUAUCAAAACGAAACAAAAUAUAAAUAUUAAACGUAUUACACAGUUUCUAGUCAACAGUAUCGUGUAAUAUUGUUCUAAAGAUAGAAGUUUUGAUAUUUUUAAAUUAUUUUUAACGUAAAAUUCGAGAUUAUUAAGAUUGCUACGAUGGAAAUGAAUAAACAAAGAAACGAAUCUGUUAUUGUCUCUCCCAAGGAUGAUAUUGUGAUGGAUGACAAACUUGAUACAAGUAGCAACGAAGUGAUCACCAAACAAUGUGACAAACAAAUCAUUGAAGAAUCAGAGGAGAAAGACACGACAAGUGAUUCGAAAAAUGAAUCCAAUGACAAAUGUGAAAAGCCAGCUACAGGUUUUAAGAAACCAUUUUCACUUAUUAUUGGCCCAAAGCGUGGGAAAAUUGGCAAGAUUCGUCGAGUAAUAACAAAUGAUGUGUCUUCAUCAUUUGUUGUACCAUCAAUUGAAUCAUUACCUGCGACAAAGGAAAUGACUAAAACUACUCAACAGAAAGAUGAUACUACACUCAGAAUUGACAAAUCGAUCUCUGAAAAUAUCACAGAAGAAAAUGUUACAUCAGAUGAAAAAAGUAUCCCUGUUCGAUGCAUGGAAUCAUUAUGUGUUCCCUAUAAGGAACCAUCAUGGGGUGGAAAACCAACAAGAGAAUAUAAGUUAGAGGUUCUUAAAUCCGGAGUCAUCCUGGAGACAAUUAAUUUAACUGAGAGUUAUCAUGUAGUAGGAAGGUUACCUUCUUGCCAUCUGUCUCUUGCUCAUCCAACUAUCUCAAGGCAUCAUGCGAUUAUUCAAUAUAGAACAGUAGAAGAUGAAAAAUAUACCUCUGAUAAACAUUCAAAAGAAUUAAGUUCAGACCAAGAUCCAAGAGAACCUAAGAGUUCUAAAGGUUUUUAUUUAUAUGAUUUAGAAAGCACACAUAGUACCUUUUUGAAUGGUCAUCGUAUAAAACCUAGGACUUAUGUUCGAUUAUAUAGAGGUCACAUGAUUAAAUUUGGGUGUAGUCAAAGAAAAUAUAUUUUACAAGCACCAUUAGAUGAACAGGAAGAGGAAUCUGAACUAACAGUUACUGAAUUGAAGGAAAAACGACUGGAAAAAAUACGAGAGUUACAGGAAUUAGAAGCUAGACUACAGGAGGAGGAAGAAGCCAAAAAGUCCAGAGAAGCAGAAGAAAGCGAUGGUAUUGAUUGGGGAAUGGGAGAAGAUGCAGAUGAAGAAACAGAUCUUACAGAGAAUCCUUAUGCUACUAUGACAGAAGAAGAACUGUAUUUAGAUGAUCCUAAGAAAACGUUAAGAGGUUGGUUUGAGAGAGAGGGAUAUGAUCUGCAAUAUCAAGUUGAAGAAAAAAGAAUAGGGCAGUUUCUAUGCUGGGUAGAUUUACCCAAAGAAUGUUUUGGUGGCCGUUCCAUCAAAGCGGAAGCUCUUGUUAAAGGAAAGAAAAAAGAAGCUGUUGUCCAAUGUGCUUUAGAAGCUUGCAGAAUUUUGGACAGGCACGGAUUAUUGAGACAAGCUAAUCAUGAGAGUCGAAAAAGAAAAACUAGAAAUUGGGAGGAAGAAGAUUAUUACGACUCAGACGAAGAUAACUUUUUGGAUAGAACGGGAACAGUAGAAAGGAAACGUGAACAACGAAUGAAACAAGCUGGGAAACUUGAAGAAAAAGUCGAGACAUAUAAUACAUUGACUGAAAAACAUAAUGAGAUUCUGAGUAAGAUUUCGCAUUUAACCAAUCGCCUGAAGGAGACACAGCAGAGCAGUAUUAAAGAAAAGGAAUCAAAUGAGGAUUCAUUAGACGCGUUUAUGUCUAGUUUAAAUUCGUCUACUUUGAGCAAAAGUGACAUAACAAAGAUGAAAGUGGAAUUGCAAAAUUUACGUAAAGAAGAGAUGCAGCUGAUUAAAUUGAUAAACCUUGCAAAGCCGGCCAAUCUGCCACCUCUUGUUAGCCAAGUACCGAUAGAAGAUGAAAAACACCAAACUUAUCAGAGAUCAAAAUUUUCCAUGAAGAAAAAUUCCCAACUCGAAAAAAGGCGGAAAAUUUUCGAAACGAAUAACAAAAACAAUUCUGAUACAACAGUAUCAGCAUUAAAUGUAGAUAACGAGGAAGAAGAGGAGGAGGAAGAAGAGGAAGAAGAAGAUAAUGUAAAAGAAGAGAUUGAGAACCGAAGGAAGGUCCGACUUAUUGAAGAAACAUACAGCGCGGAUGAGUCGAAAUGCAGAAAAUCUAUAUCAUCUAAAGAUGAAAUGAAAUCGCAAGAAAGCACAGGAACCAAUGUUAAAUCGAUGAGUGUUUCAAAUAUCAUUUCGAGUCAAGAUAAAGGAAGGGACAAAUCAAAUAUUGGAAAUGUACAGCAAAAGGGUAAAAAAUCAGAAAAGUCCAAAGUUAUGAAGAAGCAUUAUGAUCAAGAUGUUCACUCGGAUGAAUAUUCUACGUGGCUGCCACCGCAAGACCAGACUGGCGACGGAAGAACAAGUCUCAACGAUAAAUACGGAUACUGAAUUGUAUAGUUAACAUUGUUAGAAGGCGAGAACGUUGUAAAUACUCCAAAUAAAAGAUCGUACAAGUCA